AUGAAGAUCUCCUCUGUGGUCUUCGCUCUCCUGACUCGUGCACUCUUUGAAGAUUUCUGUUUGGCAAUCAACGUCACUAUCACCCCUUCCCCCUUCACGGUGGCCCAGGAGGGUCAAAAUAUCACACUCUCUUGUGUCGUGUCCCAGCGGCGCCGCAACGCUGCAUUACCAGUUGUGAAAUGGACCUUCCUGCCAGCAGGCACAGACCGGCCAGAGGAUGAACUCCUUAUCGCUCGUGUCAACAUGAGAAAGGCCCGUUUCUAUGGCAACUACACCAAGAGUUUCUCAUGGCCCAAGAUGAAGCUGACGGUGGUGAAACAGGGGAAGAUCUUUGACCUGCUGAUCUUGAAUGUGUCAGAAGGGGACCGGGGGCUCUACAUUUGCCGGGUUCAGGAGUUUAAAAAGCAUCAGGACCGCUGGAAGGCCUCAUCAAACUCCACCGCUGCUACUGAGCUCAGAGUGCAUGUCCUACCAGCCACCAAGGCCAAAGAAAGCCUGUGGAGCUUGUUUGAAGAUGUGUACCUUUGCGCGGUGCUGAUCUGCUCAGUGGGCCUGCUGUGCAUGUGCAUGUUCACGGUGACGGUAACCUGCCAAUACAUACAGAGGAAGCAGAGGUUAAAAGAUAAUUACCACUUGGUCAAAAGCCCUCAGAACAGCUCAGGAGAAACGGUCACCAGUCUGGUUAGUGUGUCUCCUGCCCUACCUAAGAAGGAGAGGAGGUACAGGAAGAAAAGGAGCAGAGACUACCAAGAGGAGAUACCACCAGAGAUACCAGCAAAAGCUCCCAUUGGAGACAAAACAAGGAAACCCAAACUUUUAAAACCACAACCAAGGAAAGUAGUUUUGCCCAAGAUAGUGGAGGAGAAUCUGACCUACGCAGAACUGGAUCUGGUGAAGCCAAUUCCAGAACCCAAGGCGUCAUGUAGCGGCACGGUGUAUGCGCAGAUACUGUUUGGGGAGCAGCAGCUAUGA